AUGCCUGGUACGCUAAAUUUCCUGACAUGCAAGACAACCUAUCACACGCCGCCGUCCAACGAUGCACUAGAAUAUAGACUUUCGACUCAAAGAAGAAUAAAGAAACGCUUAAGCUCUCCCUCCUACCGAGGUGACGAAAACAUUCCUCUCAUCACAGCAACGAUGGCGACUCGGAGGACUCAAACAUUGGUGGUAUUCCUCUUCUUCUUAGGAGCCAUAAAUUUUCCACAACAAGUUUCGGCCCAACAACAACAACAAGAUCCAAAAAUCGUAUACCCAACCACCGCGGCCCCGAGCGCAACACCCCUCGCAAGCGCUUACGGGUACGUUUACGCAGGAUGUUGGAACGAAACGGUAUCCGUCGCGAACAGUGGUGGGAUUCGAGCUUUGAGUAAUGGGAACCCACGAUUUAUAUACACUUUGCUUUACUUUUCUUUUUUAUCUCUGACAUAUUUGCGUGCAAAAGUCAGCAAACAACACCAUGACAAUCAGCACCUGUUUAAAUUUCUCGAGUACCUUUCAGCUUUAUCGGAGAAAUUGAAUAAGACGGCAAGAUGUGAUUUUGCGUGUGAUGGGAACUCGAGUCAGAUUUGUGGGGGGAGGUUGGCUUUGACGUUGUAUAAUCGGACGAAUAGUGGUGAUGAGAAAGAGGGAGGUGCUUGGAGGUUGGUGGGAGGACAGAGACAGAGUUUGGUUUAUGGGGUGGUAAGUGGAGGGUUUGUGGUGUUGGCGGCGUUGCUCUUGAUGGCGAUGUGCUGGCUACGACUUGCUUGCUUUACAACGCCUGACAAUGAACUGCAUCUGGACCCAUACCCAUACCCACGACCACGACCUCACAGUAGUGCUGCUACCGAUCAACAUCCCUUCGUUGUUCAACGUCCAAACUGGCUUUUCGUCCUUAGAUGUGGCUCCAAUUGA